ACCUGGUGCUUCAUCAAUUGAUGAACCAAAAAAAAGUGUUCAAAGAAUAUCUAAAAUUAAAGAAAACCAAUUUUUAGCAUUUUUUCAAGAUAAAAAUAAUAUUACACAAAGCUCAUAUCUAACUGAUACCAAAACCAGGAUUCUUGUUUUGUAUAUACAAGAUCAAAAACAAGCUUUGUAG